UUUUUUCGUACGAGGUAGAGGCAACUUACAAAAUUGUUGGGGUGAUCGCCGUUGGUCUGUUUAUCGUUUAGUCAGGCAUCGAGAUAGGCAUUUCUAUGUGUGACUCUGGGGAAAACAAACAUUUAAUGCUGUCCGAUCUCGCUUUCAUUCAACCGCUAACUACUAUUUAUACGGAUUGAGACACCAUUGCAUAUUUCGCUCUUACGCGUGUGCUGCAACCCUAAAAUUGUGGUGUAUUUUCAAAGCCAGAGACCCAGAGCGAACAAGGAAGGAUGGCGGCUAUGAUAACAGCAUCAUCUGCCUCGGCAUCUGCUUCUGCCUUCCUUGUGAAGAGGUUGAGGCCACAAAUCCAAAUGCAGAGGAGGCUUCAGCUUCAGCUUCAGCUUGAGGGCACAAGCAAGGCCAAGCCCACACGCGGAGUUGUCACCUGUAUGGCAGGGACUGGCAAGUUUUUUGUUGGAGGGAACUGGAAAUGUAAUGGCACAAAAGCUUCCAUUUCAAAGCUUGUGUCUGACUUGAACAGUGUGAAUCUGGAAGACGAUGUAGAUAUUGUGGUGGCACCACCAUUUGUCUAUAUUGAUUUUGUGAAGAGCACUUUAAAUGAUCGUAUAGAGAUUUCAGCCCAAAAUUCCUGGGUUGGCAAGGGUGGGGCAUUCACUGGAGAAAUCAGCGUGGAGCAGUUGAAGGAUAUAGGUUGUGAAUGGGUUAUCCUUGGGCAUUCUGAGCGUAGACAUGUUAUUGGAGAGGAUAAUCCGUUUAUUGGAAAAAAAGCUGCAUAUGCAUUGAGUGAGAAUCUCAAGGUGAUUGCAUGCAUAGGAGAAAAACUAGAAGAACGUGAAGGAGGGAGAACAUUUGAUGUCUGCUAUGAACAACUAAAGGCUUUUACUGAUUGUGUGCCUAGCUGGGCUAAUGUGGUUAUUGCAUACGAACCUGUUUGGGCCAUUGGUACUGGCAAAGUGGCUACUCCUCAACAAGCUCAGGAAGUGCAUUUAGCAGUCCGUGAAUGGUUAUCCAAGAAUGUUUCACCUGAAGUUGCAUCCCAAACAAGAAUUAUUUAUGGAGGUUCUGUAAAUGGAAGCAAUUGCUUAGAGUUGGCUAAGCAAGAAGAUAUAGAUGGUUUUCUUGUUGGUGGUGCUUCUUUGAAGGGACCGGAAUUCGCUACUAUUUGCAACUCUGUCACAGCAAAGAGGGUGGCUGCUUAAGGUCAUUAGAUUGUUAUGCGUAAUAGAUUGGGGUGCUUAGGGCAAAGAGACAUCUGGAUGUUUGAUUCCAAAGGCAGCUUGAUUUAUAUCACUGAUAUGAUCAGAUCAAAGCAGAGGCAAUGUAUGAUCCGUCAUUUGGCAUAGCUACAUUCUCUUGACUUGUCUAAUAGUGGAUCAGUAAAAUAAUAUUUUCUUUCAUUUUUGACCAGUAUUAAUCUUGAGUAGUUAAAUAAUCUGCGCUAACUUACAUGCGCAUUUAGAUUUCAA